AUGGACUUCACGCACGAAGUCGCGCACUCGGACCAGCUCAUCGUCCAGGCCGCCGAGCCCUUCAACGCCGAGCCCAUCGCCGCCGCCCUCGUCCAGUUCCCCAUCACCCCCGACGAGCUCGUCUACUGCCGCAACCACGGCCCGGUCCUCGAGCUCGACGAGGACGCGUUCACCGUCGCCGUCUCCGGCCCAGGGGAGGACGCCCAGCCGCGCACGUUCACCCUCGCCGGCCUCCGCGACGCGUUCCCCCGCGCCGAGGUCGUCGCUGCGCUUCAGUGCGCAGGCAACCGGCGGAAAGAGAUGAACGAAGUCAAGCCUGUGCGCGGCGUGCUGUGGGACGACGGCGUCAUCUGCAACGCGCGCUGGGCGGGCGUUCGCCUGCGCGACCUCCUGCGCGCCGUCGACGUCGACGAGACGCAAUUAGCGGGGUGGCACGUGUGCUUUGCCUCACACAUCACGGAGUGUCAGGAUGACACGGACUAUGGGGGCUCCAUCCCGCUGGACAUUGCGAUGGACCCGCAGGGAGACGUCUUGCUCGCGUACGAGAUGAACGACCUUCCGUUGACACCCGACCGCGGGUACCCCCUCCGCGUCGUCGCGCCCGGCAUUCUCGGCGCACGCUGGGUGAAGUGGGUAGACACCAUCUACCUCUCCCCGGACGAGUCGCCCAACUUCUAUCAGCAACGGGACUACAAAGUCCUACCUCCCCACGUCAACUCGAAAGAGCAAGCCGCACCCGAGUGGCCCAAGAUCCCCUCCCUCACCACCCUCCCCGUGAACUCCGUCGUCGCCCUCACCUCCGUCCGCCCGUCCCGCUCCCCCUCAGAACCCGACCGACAGGCGCUCUACGUCCAAGGCUACGCCAUCGCCUGCGGCGCCGUCCAGAUCGCCGCCGUCGACGUCUCGCUCGACGACGGCGCGACCUGGGCCCCCGCGCGCAUCACGUACCAGGAGGGCCGCUGGAGCUGGACGCUCUGGGAGGCCUCCCUCCCGCUCCCCCUCGGGUCCCCGCACGCCCGUGCGGGCGUCGUCCUCUCGCGCGCGACGGACCGCGACGGGCGCGGGCAGGAGCGCGACGGCGUGUGGAACUUCCGCGGGGUCGCGUACAACCCGUGGGGGCGGCGCGCGUGGCAGUACGUAUGCUAG